AUGGCACAGAACCAUUUCAGUAAUCAGAAUUGCAGCGUCAGAGAGAUUCCCGCGCCUUUCCUUCAGAGCGCCGAUGGCGGACGGCUGUGGGUAGUGGAGAUACCGAGAGCGAGCCUUGGUUGUCCACCACAAUUCGAGGUUGUCAAACUUCUUGACUGGCUUCCACAUCCAUUGUCAAGGCUGUCGCAGCUUACCAUAACGAGUAGGACUUUGGGAUCACAGCGGGACGACGAGUCACCCGAAUCAGAAGAGAAACAGGUCCAUUUACCCCAGAACAACUGCAACGGCAUCCUCCUCAUCCUCAUUCCCUUGGCGGGCCAAGGUUCCAAUGGAAAGCUCCCCGACGUUGGGGCCCGCCAACCCUUGUGCUUGCGCAUGUGCCUGUCCCUGUGCCUGUCAGACAGCUCCCUGGUUCUCGCAAGCGACCCUUUUCCUUGA